CCGUUGUGGAGCUUCCCUGGGAAAGUUUCGCGACUGUGGAUUUUUCGAUGUUCAGGAUGCUACCUAUUCUUGCUAUUGUAGCCAACAAAUAGUUUACUCAAUACCUUUUCAAGUUUUUAUCUGCACUCCACGACUAUUGUACACAUAAGCAAUCAUGUUCGCCAAACCAAGACCCAAAAAGAGCAUUCUGCCUCCGCCAUCUAAGAAGCGAAAGAUGACAUCUGCUGUCGAGGAGGUUAACUUCGACUUUGAGGCGCGACAGGAAUAUUUGACUGGUUUCCAUAAGCGCAAGCAACAGCGUAUCAAGAAUGCUCAAGAAGAGGCUGCCAAGAGGGCUCGCCAGGAGAAGCUGGAAUUGCGAAAACAGAUACGAGAAGAACGAAAGCGCGAUGUCGAAGAGCACGUCCAGACCGUAAACAGAUUAUUGCAGGAGUCGGCAGCUGCUGGAGCAGUUGAGCAGGAAUCUGACGAGGAAGACGGGGAGUGGGACGGUUUUCCUGAUCAGCCAGAGCUGGAUAUUGUUGACCACGAAGAGGAGUACAUCGACGAAGAUCGUUAUACCACUGUCACGGUCGAAUCUGUUUCUGUGACAAGAGAUGGAUUACACAAAUCCCAAGUCGACGAUAAGGAUAAUGAGGAGGACAAAAAGGUUGAAGAACCGAAGGACGAUCAAAAAGCAAAGUCACGACGGGAACCCAAGAAAAAGAAGAAGAAGUUCCGAUACGAGACCAAGUUCGAGAGGCAGUUGACGGAUAAGAAGCAGAGAAUCAAGAAGGCAAAGAGGAGGGCAUGAUAAAGUACGUUUGAGCUCAAUGGAUUUGGACAACAUAGAAGGAUGUAAGAAGCGCACAAUUUACAAAAGAUACCCUUUGAGAAAAGCCAGCUUCAAUCAGCUAGUAGUAGAAACGUAACAUGACAUGCGGCAACUGCUCCAUUCGCUCAUCUGACC